AUGCCGUUCCUGAUGAGCUACGUCGGUCUCAAGGAAGGACGUUCGGUGGGAGGCUGCGCCGAUCUCUUCGACCUCACCAGUGACCGACAGAGCUUCGAAGACAGUUUGAGAAACGGCGGAUUGAGUCUUGUGGCUCCCGGCGGUGCCUAUGAGAGCGUUUUCAGCAAGAACUACGAACUUGAGUGGCAGUCUCGUUACGGAUUCGCGAGGGUUGCGAAGGCUACGGGAGUACCGGUCAUCCCUAUGUUCACGACGAACCUCCAACAUGCGAUGCCUCUGGCCGAGUUCGUUAAAUCAGAUGCAAUGAAGAAAUGGUACGCUAUCACGAAACGACCGCUCAUCCUCCCCAAAACUUACCUCCCGGUAAAAAUGCGUACGUUCCUUGGAGAGCCACUCCACUGUGGACCCGAUGAGGAGCCAGCGAUGUUCGCUCAACGG